AACCCAACAGUUUCCCCAUUGCUUCUCUGAUAUGCCAUUAGUUUUGUGUUCCUCACUUUUCCAUACAACAUAAGAGGUGUUGGAAUUUUCAGCAUGACUCCGGCAUUAGUGAUCUUGUUUUGUGUGUUUAUGGGGACACAUGGUUUCAACACACAGCUUGUUAUUGAACCUCAGCCCAACUUUGAUGUGGAGAAAUUCACAGGUGAAUGGUACCGAAUUGGAGUUGCAGAUGAGUCACCGUUUUUUGCAAUGAUCAAAAACCAUCUGAAGGUUUCUAAAGGCCUUCUAGUAUCAGAUACCAAUGGAAAUCUGAAUCUGACCAUGUGGAGCAUAAGACCAUAUGGAUGCUCCGUCAGUGUUUAUUCAUAUGAGAAGACAGAUGUUCCUGGAGAAUUCACUUACUUCAGCAAAAGGCACAAGAUAACAAAAGACAUCACCAUAGUGGAGACCAAUUACACUGAUUAUAGUUUGGUCCUUAAAUACAAGAACAUACACAAAGAAUACACUCAAGUAGCUCUUUACGGACGGUCAUCCAUACAAAGGCCAGAAUUAAUAGAGAAGUUCAGAUCUUUUGCUUUAUCUCUGGGUUUUUCUGACGAGGCCAUUGCCAUUCCAGCAGAUGUUGAUCCCUGCCCUAUUCUAGAACAAAGCCAGCCAUGGAUUCAGACCUUGGGUUACAUAUAUUCUGUUUUGUUACACAUUUGGGGAACAGUGUCUGUUUUAACGCAAACGACCACUGGAGAAAUGCAACAUUAAACAUCGUCAAUGUAACGCAGUUUGUACUACGGUCGUAAAGCCAGCAGGUGGCGCAGUUGUAACAGGACACAAUCAGCCAACAUCUCAUAAUCUGGAGUUCCACCUGACAUAAAAAAUGCUACCAAUAAUGAUAUAUGUCUCAAAUGUAUGACUGUGGUUGUCUAAUGUUUACAGAACAAUUGUGUCAAAUCCUUGUGAUCAUUUUACAACGACUUUCAUAAUGAGUAAUGAAAAUUAAUUUGUUGUUGUUGUUGUUGUUGUUUUCAAUUAAACAAUACAUAUAG